GAAGUGAACUUUGGACUCUGUGGAAAUCGGAAGAGGUGUGUCAAAAAUGUAGAGUUGUCUCCCAUGAAAAAUUGCCUUGACCUUGUUGGCACAACACCAAAUGGCGCUUGGCAUUACGUGGUAUUCAUUUAUCGUUUAUCAAAAACACAGGUUGUUUUAAAGAUUAUUGAAUACUAGUAGAAUAUGGCUUUGUUCUACUAAGAGUUUUGAUGUGGAAGAUCUGUGACCGACAAACAUUUUUGCCAUGGGGACACCUAAAGUCCCCACCAUGCACCAUCUUCAGCAUGAGGCAAAUCCUCUGAAGUGCCAAAUAACAACACCUGACGAAUCGUCUCAUCAGACAGAAUCUCCUGUUGAUACUAAAUAUAUUGUCUCACUUCAAGUUCAGUCAGUAAUGCGAAGGCAUAGGACAUCACCAAAGGUUAUACUAAAAGCUAGUAUCACUUCUGUCCUUGCUAUAACCAUUGGUUUUAUAGUGCUUUAUACCUUUUUAUUGAAGUAUUUCCCACCUACAGUUCCAUACCACAGCUCUCACAAAAGCAGAAUUAAAUUGAUUCCAAAAUUUGGUGGAUCAUCAAAAUUUGCUGCAAUGGAGAAUCAUUAUUAUAGUCUGAAAUGGAAUGUUUCAGAGAUUUUAGGAAAUACUCCUGGAAAUAUAUGCAAAAGUGGUAUAGAAUUUUUAAUUCUUAUAGUGUCUGCACCCAAAAAUAUACAGAAUAGACAAAUUAUAAGAGAGACUUGGUGUAAUCCAGUUUUGUACAAACAUUCCGAGAAUGCGUGGCAAUGUUUGUUUCUUAUAGGUAAAGUCGAGUCUAGUGACUUACAGGACAGUUUACAAGAGGAAUUCAAGUCUUUCAGGGAUAUAAUAUCAGGCAGCUAUACAGACUCUUACAGAAACUUAUCGCUAAAAGUGAUGCAAGGAUUCCACUGGGCAAGCAGGUAUUGCCCAGCCAAAUUCAUAUUAAAAACUGACGAUGAUUGUUUUGUUCAUACUCAUAACUUAUAUAAUAUCAUAAUACAUCAUCAAGAUGCCAACAGUUUAUACAUGGGUCACGUCCAGUCAGACCCCAAACAGCGUAGAGUUAUACGUGAUCAAGACAGUAGGUGGCACGUGCUAAGAGAAGAAUAUGAGGAGGACACAUAUCCUCCUUACGUCAGUGGUGUAGGCUAUUUACUCUCUGCUGAUGUUGUAAAAAAAGUUGUUAACAUUAGUCAGUACAUUAAAAUCAUUCCAAACGAGGAUGCUUACAUGGGAAUUUUAGCUCAAGAAGUGAACAUUCCACCAACAAUUAGUGCUAGAUUCCAGUUGUCCUCCAGUGGAUGGUCUAUGUGUAACUACAUGUACCUGCUGGUUUUUCACAGGGUUGAUUACAAUAGACAGAGGGAAGUCUUUGAUAAAACUCUCCAAGCUUUACAUGAAUGUAAAAAUACUCAGAAAUUGACAUGGAACUGAUACCUUAUAAUUCAUAAAUUAAAAGACUAUGGUUCACUUCAUGAAAAAACUGCAUUGCUUUUGUAUUCAUCUGAAAAGUGUACAACUAUUAGAUAAAGAUGACACACUUGCCAGUAAAGAACUUACAUACGAUAAUAACUGAUUUUCAGUAAAUUGUCAGUAAACAAUUGCAACUUAUUGAAGGUUGUCAACUUACACACAAUUGUACCUAAGAACUUACACAUGAUUGUCAGAAAAGAAAUUACACAUGAUUGUCAGAAAAGAACUUACACAUGAUUGUCAGUAAGAACUUACACAUUAAUGUCAGUAAAGAAAUUAUUCAAUGUUGUUAGUAAAGAUAACUUACACAAGAUUGAGAUUAAUUUGUUUAAUAGUUAAUGAAAUCUGAUCAUGAAUAAUGUUAUUUCAUACAUGUAUAUACAUAUAAACAUAUGACACACACACAAAAUUUAUCUUCAAAAUUGUGAUUUAAAAAUAUUUUUUUUUAGUUAAUAUACUUGACAUAAGGAAGCAUUGUUUUUAUUUAACCUAAGCAUUCAUUGUGUUUAUGUUGAUAAAGCAAUGUUAGUUAUAAAACUGAAUCUGAUAGAAAAUCAGUAUGAGAAAAUUUCAUGUAAUGAUUAUAACUACUAAUUAAGAGAAGAUAAUCCAACGUCAAUGGCAAAGUCUUUUGUGAAGGGUCUCUUUUUAUGCCCUUGUUGUAUUUUAAUGUCCUGAAAGAAAACUUUGUAAAAUCAAUGAUCAAUAUUCUUAGAUAAAUUCUAUAAUUGCAUUUGGAAGGCUUUGAUUUUUGUAAAGAAAAAGGGACCAUGCAUGUUUUCAAUUUUUAAAAAAAUUUUUGGACAAUGUUUUUAAUAAUAAACCGUGAAAUUUUCUGCGUGAUUGAAGCAGAGAUUAUCAUAAUUAACUGAACCCCUCCCAAUUUCAACUCUCUCAACUGAUGGAUCAUCUUCUGCAUUGUUGACCAUGUCAGCCAUUGGUUGUUGAGGUUGUUAUACACCCCUGUAGUAGAAUUCUUUACCAAAUAAGUUGGAAGUUAAUAAUACUACAGUACUAGUGAUCAUUAUGUUUUAAAAUUCUUUUGAAAGGUUGUUAUGUUAAACGUUAGAAAUGGUAUUUAAAGAAUUAAAAAUCAUAAACAGUCAUACAUUUUUCCAGAAAUCUCAUGUUACAUGGUAAUGACAGAAUCAUGAAUCUCAGCAUAUUUAUUAAAUAAACGACAUUGAUAUUUUAAAGGUGCAUUGUAAAUACACCAUAAGAAUUCUACAAUGUAUCUUAUUAUGUUUGUGACAUUCUUGUCAUUUUUGUGAUGAUCUGGAAAUGUUUAAUGAUAAUAAACUAAUUAUAAUGUUUAUAUGCAAGAUUGAAAUUGUGAAACAGACGUACUCAUUUGAUAUCCUUUGUGCAUAAUACAAUGUAUCUUGAUAAAAAUGUUUGUCUACAAUUUUUGCUAGUUUGAGAUCUGCAAGUGUCAAAUAAACAUAAUAGAGAUUAUUUAAUGUGCUGCAUAAUAAAACUGAAAAAGUUGAAAAACAUAAUACUCAACUUCCUAACUCAGCAUUUUUUUAUGCAAGAAAUAUAGAGGGAACCAAUAAACUCAUAAGAUGAUCUAAUCUUUUAUUUUCCUAUUUUGAAUGUAUGCUUUUGAGAAUAAUUCCAUUUGUUUUUGUAUUUUCAUUAUAAGACAUCAAAAAUGAAAUUCAAAUUUUAUUAUAAUAAGCAUUUUUAAAGGGGCACUAGCUACGAGAUAUAUAAAAAACUAAAGUAAGAUUUUUUUUGUUCAAUCAAUAAUGAAAGUGAAAUAGUGAAAUAAUAAUUCGCUUUUAGCAGCCAAAAUGGUUCAAUUUUGUCAAAUUAAGGGACGACAUCAAAAGUUCAAUGUAGGAUAAAGAACUUAAUUCACAUAGUUUUUAAGCUUACCCCGUUACCCCCUUUCUUCACUUAAUUUGGGAUAAAAUUAUUUACCUAUAUGGAUACAUGUAUAUGUAAAAUCGAUUUUAGAUUAAGAAAACUUGCAGCAA